GACACGCCAGUCGUUAAUUCCGCAGUUCGGACCUUAUUCUAUACUCCUAUUUUAUCUUUACUAUUACGACGAUAUUAUAAUGGCAUGAUUAUUAUAUUAUACACACUCAUAUUUUGUACAUAACAUAUGAUAUAAAAACACGUAGUUAUAUAAUAGUAUUGGUGCAAUGUACUGGAAUACAUAAUAUAUUUUUUGAUUCAUCUUUCUUCAUUGAUAUUAGUUACCUUAAAUAAAAAUACAAUUAUUAAUGUUAACGGUAAAAUAUUUGAGAAAAAGAAUCAUAUAGUGUUAAUUUAAAUUUUUAUGUGUGUGCGUGUGUAAAUUUCUUUACAUUUAUAUUCUUUUAUUAAUAUUAUUAUUGUACUAAUGGUCUAUUUAUAAUUUUAAUACGAAUACAACGAAAAACUUAAAUUAUGACUGAAAACAAAAAUGUGAAGAAGGGUACAAACGAUGCCAACAAAAUCGUUCUCUAUGUGGUUUUUAUGAUAACUUUGUUACUGUUAUAUUGUAGUGAUAAAAAUUAUGAAAUUGAAAACUCGAUAGAUUACCAUUCUGCCGAGUACCAUUCAUAUUACAACAAAGUCAUCACAUCUGAAAAUAACACAACAUUAUUAACAAAAAUUGAUGAUAACGUGAAAGAGGGGUAUGUUGUAUGGAAUGAUAAUUGUCGAAUACCUAACAUAAGUGCCUACGACAAGACAAUUAAAAGUUUUAUUAAAAAAACCAAUUCUCCAAAGUGCUUUUCAACAUUGCCACUAACCAGCGUAAUCCUUGAUGUAAACAAAUGGUCUUACACUUUCAAAAUUAACUAUGGACUUCACUCACAAAUUUCAAAAUCAAUUGUAAAUUGUUGUUAUUCGUCAAUCGUUAGAAAUGAACUAAAAUUCAAAAAUAAUCCAAAAGAUGACGAUCGUUAUAAAGUUGAGCCAAAAUGUAAUCCCAUCAACGAUUCAGAAAUAAUUCCCAAGUCAGUCGAAUACAUGAUGGUAACAUGUGAAUUGAGACCAAAUGGUGAUAAAUUAAAAUCGAAAGUUUAUAAAGAUAUUCAUGCAAUGGUGAUCGAUAAAGGUCAGAGGCGAUUUCGAAACGCAGAAAUCCCAGACAAGCCCAGCGUGCUAAUAAUAUCCAUUGACUCAUUGUCUCGCUUAAAUCUUAUACGAGCAAUGCCUAUAACAUAUCGAUUGUUGGAAACGCAUGGAUUUGUGUCACUUGAGGGGUACACUAAAGUCGCCGACAAUACGUUUCCCAACGUAGUUCCUAUUUUAACUGGCAUGUUUGUAAAUCAAAUGACUAAACGGUGUUGGAAGAGUCCCAACGACGAGAUGGACGAAUGUCCAUUUCUGUGGAAAGAUUUCAAAGAACGAGGUUACGUUACAGCGUACGUGGAAGACGAACCCAGCAUGGGCACUUACAACUUCGGAAAAUACGGAUUCCGGAACGCGCCGACCGACUACUACUCGCGGCCGUACAUGCUGGCGGCCGAGCGUUACUUGCCGAUAGUCAAGUUCGAUGGUAUGAACUUCUGCCUUGGCCCGCGGUCCGCGCCUGACCGAGUGUACAGUUACGUGGAGGACUUCGUGCGGUUACACAGAAACCACGGUUACUUUGCCGUGUUCUGGCUGAAUACGUUCAGUCACAACGACGUAAACGCGCCGUCGGCCAUGGAUCAGCGGACGGCCGGCGCGUUGUCCAAGUUGCUGAACGGCCGGUUGCUGGACAACGCCGUAACCGUGGUGCUUAGUGAUCACGGGCUCCGGUUCGGGGCGAUACGCCAGACGCGCGUCGGCUGGCUCGAGGACCGGAUGCCCGCGUUCUAUGCGCGCCUGCCACCCGGUUAUGUGGCCGCGCGACCCGACCACUUCGUGGCUCUGGCAGCCAACAAACACCGGUUGACGUCGCCGUUCGAUCUGCACCUAACGCUCAAGCAAUUGUUGUUUCAGCAGCACGCCGACGAUGACAACAACAUCAGUCUACAGGCUACCGUGGCCGACGGCUGUCCAACUUGCCGCAGCCUGUUCCACCUGGCCGAUGCCAACAGGUCGUGCGAACAAGCGGGCAUCGCGCCGCAUUGGUGCACGUGCGACGAGUACGAAGAAUUGGACCGGCGUAGCAGGACAGCAAUGGACGGUGGGGAGUACGUUGUGCGGCAGUUGAAUACGCUACUAACCAAGUACCAAACAGCGGUGCACCAGGGGUACGCUUGCUCCUACUUGUCGCUGAGAAAAACCGUGUCAGCACGGACCAGGGUGAACCGGGUAAACGGUCGCCGCGAGUACUUGUUGGUUGUGGAAACGUUACCGGGCCGGAGCAUGUUUGAAGUGACCGUCGGCCAGGAAGACAGUGGCAGUGGCGCGUUCGGCAUGCUCGGCGACAUAAGUCGCAUUAACAUGUACGGGUUCCAGAGCUUUUGCACGGACGACUGGAGGUUAAAAAAGCAUUGUUAUUGCGUGAAAAAAAAUCGGAAUCCUUCUGGCAGUUAGCGGCAGCAGUUGCGAAUGUACCGCUCCGACUUGACGAGUGCAUACAAAUUAUGAUUGGGAGGCCAAAAAUCCUCAUUCUAUGACAUAAUAUUCUAGAUUCGAACUUAUAUUCCUAUUUUUAUAUAACUAUAAGAUAUUAUAAUUAUUUAUUAUGAGAUAACAUAAUACACAUUACUUCAUUAAGUCCCAAAAUACGGAGUAGGUGUAUAAUAAUAUAAUACGCAUGGUCUGCAAUUUACCAUAGAAGAUGUACAGUACAUUGGAUUUCAAGAGAAAUUAAUAUAUCUCCAUAUAGCCAUGAAGUUGACACUAUCAAAUGUCCACUUAAUGUUUCUCGACGGUUACAACUCAAACAGGUGUCUGAUUACAUUUUGCAAUUUGUAUAAUAUUUAUUGAGAUUGCAUGUCUUGCUUGUCUCCCAACAACUAGCCGUGGUUUCAUAAAACACUAGCUAAGACCUGCAAGCUCCUCUGAGGUUUCUAGGUUGAUCCCGCCAAGGGAGAACCCAAACCAACCUCACCUAUUCGAAUGAUAUAAAUUUUUAACUUAAAACAUUUCACGGUAAAUAUUUUUUGACAUGAAAACUAAAUAGACUGAAAUAGUGAAAUAUGAUAAAAUUAAAAACAAACUUAACUUACUUCUUAAAAUGAAAAAUUAAUUCGGUAAUUUUACGUUAAUUAAAAAUUUAGUAAGUUAACAGUUAAGUUAAAAAGUUAGAAUAAAAUUAACUUUUUAACUUAACUUUAACUUUUUAACUCGUUAAUGCCCAGCCGUGUAUACUAGCUGAUCCCGUGCACUUCGUUGCCCGUUAAAUGUACUGACUCUAUAUGACUCAAACUUUAAUCAAUUCGUUAUUAUUUUAAUAGUUGGUGUACGGUGUUCAAAACUUAUCUUAACUUUUACGUUGCCCGGAAUACAAAUUCAGAUUCUCAGCAGCAGUGGCGUAUUUAGGAAUUUGUCAUGGGGAGGGUCCAGAUAAUUUUCAGAAAACAGAGCUGCGAGGGGCAAAGCCCCCCACACCACCCAUUUACUCUUUAUUAAAUAAAAAUACCAUGUUUAUAAGAAGAUAUAAAAUGUUUGAGUUUUUAAUUAUUAAAUAAUCAUAAGUACAAAACAAAUUUAAAAAAAAGUGGGCACGUGGAUGUCGCUCUGUUGUACAGUAGGUUACAAAUGGGUCAAUGCAUAAUAUGUAUUCGUUUCUAUGGUGAUAAACAAAGCGUUAGAAAUUAAAAUCUCAUUUUUAGCGGUUUUUCGUAAUUUGUCGGUGGUUUUUCCCGUGGCAUUAAAUAUAACUAUUGAGAAAAUCGAAAAAUGACCUCUUUAAAGUACCAUCUUGAUCCAAUUUUUUAAAAGAUACUGAUAAAGAUUAUAAUAUACAUACAUUUCUUUUUUA